CGGAUGUCGAGUCUACUAAAGCAAAUGUCAUUUCGCCCGCUUUUUUCUGUCCUAAAGUUGUUGUUCCGGAUCAUGAUCAGGCACAGAAGCCACCACCUCCAGUUCAUGUCGAUGGGUCGUGUGGUGAAGAUUAUAAAUCAAGAAAACUUGCUGGAGGCGGUUGUUCAUCGAUCGAGCAACAAGCGACUGCCAAGUGCGCUUCAUCCAUCGUGAGCAACAUUACAGAUAAGCAAGAGCACGACGAUGAGAAGAAGAUGCUAUUGCCUACUCCAUUUGCGGCUUCUCAAAAAGGAAACAUAGAUGGCACGACGACUGACCUCUCUCGUGUAGUCGUUGCCAAGGCAGCUACAGUAGGCUUGACUGACAAGCUUACUCGGGAUACUGCCCCAAUAGUACCAGUGCUUCCACCUGCUGGCAUGAAUGAUGCUGAUAAGACCAAAACAAGCCCUAAGGCUGAAGGAGGGAGCAGUGAGAAUCUGGAAAAAUCGCUCUGCUCCAUCCGAGAAAAAGGACUGCUCGACGAGCAAAUGCCGCCACCUCCAGAGCCGAAGUUUCGACUUGUGAGGUCACAAGCGGAGAAAAUGAGGAAGACUUGCAGUGUCGCAACUGCUGCUGCUGCUGCUAUAACUGUGGACUCAUCUAGUUUCAAUUUAACUACCAGUCCUCUGAAGAGUGAGGAAAAGAAAGCGUGCGCGGUGGCAGUAACUGGUGUAGAUAGAAAAAGUUGUACGAACUCAAUGUCGAAGAACGCUGAUGCAACUGCUGGGGUUUGCGGUAAGCAAGAUGAACCCACUCUGGAGAGACGAUCGUUUCGCAGAAGUGAUAUACCAGGCAAGAAGCGUCUCGAAGAAGUUCAGCCGCUUGAUGACGUAGACACUGAAGUCAAAGCUGACGCUAGAGCUGGCAGUCCCUUCAAAUCACAAGAACCCGUGCUCCCAUUCGUGGUGCCUUCCAACAUCUUUGCACGCGAUGACUCCAGAACUGGUGAAAAGAUGAUCCGGGUACUCGGCGACUUCAAGACAGAGGAAAGCGCCAACGUCGACGAACAUGAGGCCGAAAAUAAAGAAGAAGAUGAUCUUGAAGAGUUUAUGGAGUCUGCGACUGCUACACGUUGCGAUCAACGUCCACAGCGACUCGACGCUUACGAAGUCAUUCGGAAAGACUUAGCAGCAUUGAUGGGUGCUUGCACACAAAUGAAUCGCAUAGUAUGCCAGCUUGCGCGUGAAACUAAGAAUGGGAUUGAAAGCAAGGAUGCUUCUGCCACACCUACGAAUCUGCAGAAUCAUGGAAUUGGAAAAGUUUCCUCCACUAGCCCUACUAAAUCUGCGCAGCAGCAUCUAACGGGUGAAAACAAUGCAGAUAUAGAAAAGCGGGCGAUGAGGUAUGAGCGGCAACUGCUGAUGAAGAUAGAAGAACUGGUGCACAAAGGGCUUCUAGGUCGUGGGAUCGUUGAGUUGCGACAUGAGGAAGGGCUGUUUCAAAUGUACGGCGAACGGGCACAGAUAGAGCAAGCUCAAGAACUCGAGAUCGCCGAGCGGAGAUGUGGCUCUACCUUCUUUUGUAGUGCAACAGUCGGUCAAAAAUUGACUACCGUGCCCACCUCAGAUAAAAGAGAAGAGGUGGUUGCCUUUCGAAUGCGACCAGUGAAAAAGUAUGAGGAUACCAGUAUGGGCCAAUCCCGCACGUUCAUCGUCGCGAACGUGCCACCUGUACAAGAAGUUCUUGAUACGGUAGGAAACGACGACGGGAGAACAGCAACAGAAAAACGAGGUGUAAUGAGCAAAUCAAUUCGGACCGUUUUUGUAGUUGGUGAGACGCUGCGGGUUGCGAAAUUACAAAAGCAGCACCAAAAUUUGAAAAAAAUCCUACCACACUCGGGUGAUUCGAAUCAGAAAAAUCAGAAAAAUCAACACCUGGCGCGAUUCAGUAAGAAGAACGUAGUUGCGCGUAAAACUCGAAAGUAUUGCAAGUCCUCAGGCAAGUCGCGGCUGACUCCAGAAGAAAGGCUUCGACGUGACAUAGAGAUAUCGAAGGAUCAGGCUGACGCAGAUAUCGCACUCUAUUUAAACCCUAUAAUGUCGCUGAACGCGAUACAGAAACGGAUGGCCGGCGCUAGUACAAACAUACCCAGUUUCGUACGUGGUCCAACAUGGCACAAGUUUGGGCAGCCCCCCGUAGCAGAUAUUACCCUUCCAUCCGUAGGCGCCCAAGUGAUCCGCGACAGAAAUCUUUCGCUGAAAGAAAGCACUAUACCUGCCAAAGCCUACAACCGCAAGGUUUCGAAAAAAGUUGAAAAAGCCGGUGCCCCCUUGGCCACGACUCCUAUCUUGGAAGCGGCUAUAAAAAUCGCUCGAAAGACGUGUCUGCAGAAAAAAGCUGCACAACGUGGGAUUUUCGAUGGCGUGUCUGGAAGUGCGCAUUUGUUACGAAAGAUAUCUGCUCCUAAGGCAGAAAAUAGUGCACAAAAGGAUGCUUGUGAACGUCCUGGACCGGCAGAUAGGGAAGCCGACACAGCAUCCAGAGCUUUCAAUUAUUGCAACGCUUCCGACGAUGCUAGCUCGUCUGCGAGCGGACUCUACAGCGGUGUGUUAACGCAGUGGCUACGGGCUCGCAACAUCGUCGUAGGUGCGAGGAAGGUUCGAUCACGGAGUAAGAAGUGCGGCGUAUCGGAAGAGAAGGUCAAUGUAUCGUAGCAAAAAGUAUUGCCGUGGUGAGUCCAGCGACAUUCAUUUGAUUAGUGCAAGAUGAAGUUCAACAACAUGGUACUGCAUUGCGGCUUUUUGGGGAUGACAGAGAUCAAGAAAUCUAGUGGUCAGAUGUGGGCCGAAGGUGAGUUCAGAAAGAAACAAAGUCUUGAUAGGUUUUGAGCCGAUACCGAGUCGUCAAUUUCACUGUGAUCAUUUCCCUUGGAGCCAAUAUGAUCGACGGAGUCCGAGCUGUGACUUUAUUUUUCUUUUCCGACGACGCCUAUGAUCUUGAUCUUAAUCUACCAUGCAAGAUCUCCUACUUGAAGGAUCGUUUAUCGAUUAGUUUUUUCUGAGUUUCAUCGUGUAAGUCAGUGUGCAUCCACAUUGAACCAGGCAGUUGGGGCGUGGGUAUGUUGGCUCGGAUAGUGUGAAUAAUGAAAACAGGGUCACCUGCUCUCAGGGGUAAUGUAAUUUCCAUUCUCACUGGAGAGUUCAUUUAUUUUACUUAUAAACGUAACGACGCUCUUCUCAAGUGGUCUUUUAUGAAACAAAGCUCCUCCUGUUAAAGUCGACAAUCCGCCUUGUCACAUUGUUGCCUGGUUUUGUUCAGGCAGGAGCCAAGCGACUAAGAU